AUGGGUGCAAAAGUGCCACGGAAUUUCCGUUUGUUGGAGGAGUUAGAGAAGGGCGAGAAAGGGUUAGGUGCAGAGGCCUGCUCCUAUGGUCUGGCAGACAGCGAUGAUCUUAUGAUGACCAACUGGAAUGGCACAAUUCUCGGCCCACCUCAUAGCGCCCACGAGAACCGUAUCUAUAGCGUCAACAUCCACUGUGGUGCCAGCUACCCUGAUGAACCGCCGAGUAUCCAAUUCGUGUCGCGAAUCAACCUACCGUGUGUGGAUCAGAAGACUGGCAAGGUUGACCCCUCAAAACUACCAUGUCUGGCGAACUGGAAGCGUGACUACACAAUGGAGACUAUCCUGAUAGAACUCAGAAGAUAUAUGGCCCUGCCUCAGCACAAGAAACUGCCACAACCACCGGAGGGCACCACUUUCUAG